UUGUUUAAACAAAAACAUUACUUCUUCAAAUUUAUUAUUUAAUAAUAUUAAAUGAACUCAACAUUCAACGACCAGCACCAUCUGAAGAGAGAGCCUAAUGACAACUCCAGCGUCGGAAUCAUAUAUCCUCCGUCACCUUCUCCCUUGCUAAAACUAAACAAAGACUCCCACGUCAUCAAAAAGCCACCCUCACCGUCGUCUUCCUCCUCUACCGCCGCGAAGCCUCGCCAGCCGGUGAUCAUCUACACGAACACGCCCAAAGUUAUACACACCAAUCCUAAAGAUUUCAUGGCUCUUGUCCAGAAACUCACCGGAAUGUCCCACUCCGAGGAAGAUUCCGGCGGUAGCAGCAGCGCGAUAACAGAUCGUGGAGGUAAAUCAAUCAACCGGAGUGUCUCUGAUCUCACCGUCGACAGAAAAGUUAACCGGACUCGCUGCGGUGGUGGUGGUGGACAUAACAGCUACAACAGAAGCUAUUCCGGUCCCGGAGGAGCUAACGGGAAAGGGAUUUUCUUCAGCAAUACGACGAUUUGCGAAGAUAGUGAAUCGUCCUCUGUGAUCACAACCGAUGAGAACAUGGGAGGAGGAGGAGGAGAACAUGGACAUGUCAACUCGUCGCUACCGUAUUCAGCGGUGGCUGUUUCUCCAUUUCCUCAUCCUCCGCCACCACCUCCACCUCCUCCUCAGUCCAUGUACGAUGCGACCAAUGGGAUUAACUACAGCUCUUACUUCUCGACGCUCUUGCCGGUGAAUCCAGCCGAUAAUUUUCUUUGCGGGAAUCAAAACUUUGCUAAUUUUGAUGAUCCGCUUUACUUCAUGCCGAAUAUGAGGAGCUCCUUCUCUUCUUCUUCCUCUUCUGGAUUUGAUGGCUUAACUGAGUUUAGAGAUUUUUGACAUUGUUUUCAUCAAAAACAAAAAAAAACAUUUUUGAUUAUCUUUUUUUAUUUUUUUUCCUAUCCAGG